GUGUACGUAUCGCUGACGAGGAGACUGUUGUUAGUUUGGUGAUAUUGAGUCAAAUUCAUGAGUCAACAUUUUAGUUGUCAUUAACUUUUGUAUUUAAAAUUGUAUAAACGACUUUUUUUUAAGAUGUCUGUGAAUGUAUCUAAAGAGUUAGAGAAUGAUUAUUUCAUGACUAAAGAAUUGUUAAUAUCACUUUUAGUGAUAUUUAUUUCAUUAGUAUUAAUUUUUUUAUGGAGAAAAAGUAGUAAAAGUUAUCGUGAUGUAUUACUUGUUGGCUUGUGUGAUUCUGGUAAGACUACAUUGUAUUCUUAUUUAUUGUUUAACAAAUCGGUACAAACAUUUACAUCACAAAUUGAAAACAUCGGAGAAUACAAAAACAAAAAAAAUUCUUUCCGUGUGGUAGAUAUUCCUGGACAUGAGCGAGUAUUUGGAAAAUUUUGGGAUUUAUAUAAAAGUGGAUGUAAAGGAAUUAUUUUUGUAAUUGACUCUGAAACAGUACAAACUUCAUUAUGUGAUGUUGCAGAUUUGUUAUAUAGAGUUAUUACUGAUGAUAUUAUUCAAUCAAACAAAAGCAGAAUUUUAAUACUUUGUAAUAAACAAGACAAGCUCAUGUCUAAAGGUUCAGAAGCUAUUAAAAUUUUACUUGAAAAAGAAUUGGAUACACUUAGAAUUACUAAAGCUAAUCAAUUAGAAAGUAUAGAUGGUAAAAUUAGCAAAACUAUGCUUGGAAAAAAGAAAAAGAGUUUUGAGUUCUCACAUUGUCUUAAUACUAUUGAGUUUGGUGAAUCAGUUACAUUUUCUCAAGACCAUGUCAUUGAAUCUGUCAAAAAUUGGCUUGAAAAAAUUCAUUAGUUAUAGUGAACAUGAUUAUAAUAUUUUUAAUUUGUAUCUUUAUUAAAUAUGUAUAAAGUGAUAUAAAUUGUAAGAGUUACAUUUAGUUUGAAAGAACUAUUUAAACUAUAAUAAGAUUUUUUUUAUAUUUGUGUUGGCUUAAAUUCAUGUUGUUUAAAAUAUUCGGAAAGAUGUUUAUUUUUAGUCUUUGCUAUGAGAGUCAUUAAUUAUAAAAAUAAUAAUUAAAAAUAUUGAGUGUAGUAAUUACAAUGACUGCAGUAAAUAAUAAAAUGUCUCCUGAAAUUGAACAUAAGCUUUAUGAAUCAAAACAUAGAUUUAUUACUCUUGCUGAAGAGAUCAAAUCAAAUGUUCUAAUUGCUGUAAGAUUUUUAAUUGUAUAUUUUUUAAUAUAAAUGAAUAAAAUUCAAGCUUUAUAAAAUAACA